AUGAGUUCUGGAGUACAUCAUGCAGCUGCUUUAAUUUUGAAUUUAGCUGCUACUUUACAUAUCUGCGACACCCAAGUAGCCGAAUCUUUUGCUCCAUUUGUGCCAAAAGACAUUUUACCGGAUGUAUCGCAAACACUGGUUGAUUUAUCCAUAACAAAAAAUGAAACCGGCCCGUUUUGUAAAUGGAAUGGAAGAUUCUAUUUUUGUGAUAAAAUUUUUAAUUUUGUACCAACGGAUGAGGGUAUUUGCUAUCAAUUCAAUGGCUUGCAAGCAAAGGAUAUAUAUCGCGAUGAAAGAUUUGUAAGUUAUCGAGACCCGGAAAUAGUUGAUUUUAAUAAUUACUUCGAUCCAUUGCCCAAAUACAAUAACAUAUCUGGAAAUUGGUCACUAGAUGAUGGUUACAUAGAUCAGGGAUACAAUUCUUAUCCACAACGCACUGCUUUCUCUUCUGUUCGUAAUGCAUUUUUUGCGUUCCUUCAAGGCUAUGAACAUAAUUUUGAUUACGCAUGCCGUAGUUUUAGGCAGGGCUACAAGGUGUUCCUUAAUUCUCCCGAGAGUGUGCCACUUACUAUGGGCAACUACAUUUUAGUGCCGCAUGGAGAUGAGGUCAUGGUUAGUGUGCUGCCCCAAUAUGUUGUUUCAACGGAAAAUUUACAUGAUUUCAGUCCAGAAAAACGUCAAUGUUUCUUUAACGAUGAACGUUACCUCCGUUUCUUCCGUGCCUAUUCUCAAAGUAAUUGCCAAACUGAGUGCCUCGCAAACUUUACUAUAUCAAAAUGUGGAUGUGCGAAAUUUUGGAUGCCAAAACCCUUAGAUGUGCCAGUUUGUGGUGCCGCUGAUAUUAUGUGCUAUAAUAAAGCACAAGACGAAUUAAAUCUGAUCUUACAAAAUCAAACAAUGCAAAAAACUAUGGAUGCUAAUGUGAAGAUUAUGUGUGACUGUAUGCCUGCCUGUACGUCUCUGGAAUAUAAUUUUGAAAUCUCUCGAUCUCAUUACAAUCUAGAGAAAACAAUCCGUGCUUUUCGAGAAGUAUAUGAGCAUUCAGAUUUUAUGGGUUCACGUUUGUCAGUUUAUUUUAAGGAGCAUCAAUUCACUGCAAUUAAACGUACUGUCAUAUUUAGCAUCACUACUCUUAUAGCGAACUGUGGUGGUAUUUUUGGUCUCUUUAUGGGCAUAUCCGGAUUAAGUAUUAUUGAACUGGCUUACUUCUUCUCAGUACGCCUAUUUGAUAAUUUACGUAAACGGCGUAUGAGUAAGAAGAAGUUAUUACAACAAGAAGAGGAACAUGAGAACUAGAUACAGUACCGGAAGUAGUGGCAGAAGUAAAAAAUCUUUUUUCUUGUUUGGGUACACAUAGUCUACCUGGCAUCGUGGUAUAUCCACAGUUCGCUUAUGUAUAGAUGUUCAACGCCAUAUAAAAUUUAUGUCCACUAAAAUUUUUAUAUUUAUCCGUGCAAUUUUAAUGACGUAUCAUCAAUGAGUCGUAUACUAUAAAUAAAAAAAAAUCAAAUAUAUUAUAGUAAGGAGAGAGUGAAAGCGUAAAGCCCUUCUCUAUUCAAAAUUAAUGUUAUAUAAAAGAUAAAUAUAUGUGUUAGUAAGUUGAAUUUUAAAAAG